AUGAUUCGGCCGUUUCACUCUUCACUUUUCCUCCUCUCAUUCCUCGUUCUCAACAUCGAGUCUUGCUGCGAUGAGGAGAAACAAUUGAAACAAACGCUCGGCAAUCGGCUCGAUGAAUUACGAUUUCAGCCAAGCUUCACGAAUCAACAACAGAUCAGAAUACCUGAAGAUGUGUUGAGGAUGUUGGCGCAAUACGAUAGCAUGAGAAAUGAGCAACAAUCACCGUUGACCAGGAUGAGCAGAGCCAACGGCAAGCCAACAUUCAUUCGUUUCGGAAAACGCUCGAAGCCGACUUUUAUCCGUUUUGGGAAACGGAGUAGUUUCAAAAAUGCGGAAGAUCAAUGGAUCGAUGGAUCGAUG